AUGCUCGUCUUUAUUGUCGUCUAUUCAUGUCUUCUUUAUAUAUUAUCAUCAGGCCAAAUAACUCCAGCUGUGAUUUAUCCAACACUUGGUCCGGUUAAUCCUAUUCCAAAUAAUGAUUCCAUGCUUAAUUUCACAUUUAUAUAUCCAGCAAAUUAUCAAUUUGUUAAUCUUUAUGUGCAGUUUACAAUCUACGAUUUUGUCAAUAAUACAGUAUUAAGUCCUACGAAAUAUCCUUUUUCCUGGGCGAAUUUUACUAAUAGUAACACAUCUUUACCAUGGGUUGUGCCCAAUGUACUAAUGAUUCCUGGUGAUUAUGUUUUUGGUUGUUUCGAAUGGGUACAAACUGAUGCAAGUGAUCUAACACUUUCGGAUAUAAAUGAAUGUGUAUUAACACGUGCAUCAAUAAACUCUACAACACCACCAAUUGUGCCAUUAAAUGUAAGUAAUCCUGUAGCAACGGCUACUUCGAUUACUUUCUAUACUUAUACGUCACAAAUGUUACCCUAUGAUCAAGUAAAUAUAACAGCAAAUAUAAAUGGGACAGUACAACCAUCAAUAACAAAUACAACUUCUAAUGCUACAUAUAAUAUAAAUAUGUUCUAUUUUAUGAAUCUAACUCAAAAUACACCUUAUAAUAUUUGCAUUUCUUAUAUUUAUGCAAAUUCACUCAUCAAAGGAUCAGAUGCAAUGGAUACUUCAUGUGACGUUAUGACAACUUCAUCAACUUCAUCAGUUUCAUCAAUUGCACCAGCGUCAUCAACUUUACCAACACCAUCACCUUCAUUCAAUACAACAACUUCACGACCUUCAUCUGGUAAUUCAUUUAAUAAGACUAUAUUAUAUUUAAUGACAACUAUUUCAAUAUUUAUAAGUAUUUUUAUUUAA